GAGUGGGGCGGGGCGGCGCGGCGAGGCGAGGAUGCCUCGGCUGCCGACGGGGCGGUUGCGAGAGCCCGUGUGGGACUGGGCAUGCGGGUCCUUACUACGAGCCGCCCCGCCGCCGCAGGCAGGGAGGAGUUAGAGGGGAAAUCGUCGGGAACGGGGUGGAGAGCAGCAGCGACAGAAACAUUAAAACCACCGACCCCCCGGCCCGGGCGCUGGAGUUACUCUGCGAGAACGCGAAAGAUGCGCAGGGCCGAUGUGGGCUCCGCGCUACGCUUGAGCGAGGGCUGCGACUUCUGAGACUGCAGCAGUGCCGGGCAGGCUGCGGGGGCAAGUGGCUGCUGACCACCACCGGGUUUGUGCUCAGUGUCACCGUCCGGUGGCCACUGGGGAAAACAGCACCCAGUCGGGCACCAUGAGCUCCAGCACCACCACCCCGCUGAAGGUCGUCAGCAGCCUUGCCAACACGGAUGUCAACUAUGUCAUCAAAGAGCAUUAUAAUUACACGGGGAAGCUAAAUGAGAAUGCAGACAGUGGAAUAAAAGUGACAUCAGUGGUUUUUAUCAUCAUUUGCUGCUUUAUAAUAUUAGAGAACAUUUUUGUCUUGCUCACCAUCUGGAAAACUAAGAAGUUUCACAGACCCAUGUACUAUUUCAUUGGGAACUUGGCUCUUUCUGACUUGCUGGCUGGUGUGGCUUACACUGCCAACCUCCUGCUAUCUGGACACAAAACCUAUAGCCUCACCCCCUCCCAGUGGUUUGUAAGAGAAGGCAGCAUGUUUGUUGCCUUGUCAGCUUCUGUGUUCAGCUUGUUGGCCAUUGCCAUUGAGAGAUACAUCACCAUGCUGAAGAUGAAACUCCACAAUGGCAGCAACAGCUUCCGCUCCUUCUUGUUGAUCAGUGCUUGCUGGGUUAUCUCUGCAAUACUUGGGGGACUCCCGAUCAUGGGCUGGAACUGCAUCAGCCUCUUAUCCAACUGUUCCACUGUGUUGCCUCUCUACCACAAGCACUAUAUUCUCUUUUGCACCACAGUUUUCACCGGUCUGUUGCUAUCUAUUGUCGUCCUCUACUGCAGGAUCUACUCCAUGGUGAGGACUAGGAGCCGCAGGCUGACAUUUAGGAAAAACAUUACCAAAGCUACUAGGAGCUCAGAAAAGUCCUUAGCUUUGCUCAAGACAGUGAUCAUAGUCCUGAGUGCCUUCAUCGCCUGCUGGGCUCCCUUGUUCAUUCUGCUUUUACUGGAUGUGGGGUGUAAAGUGAAGACCUGUCCAAUCCUCUAUAAAGCAGAGUAUUUCUUAGUACUGGCCGUGCUCAAUUCUGCCACGAACCCUAUCAUCUACACCCUGACAAACAAAGAGAUGCGCAGGGCUUUCAUCAAGAUUCUGUGCUGCUGCAAAUGUCCCCCAGCAGACUCGGGGACCAAAUUCAAGAGGCCAAUCAUCGGAGGGAUGGAGUUCAGCAGGAGUAAGUCUGACAACUCCUCCCACCCACAGAAGGAAGAAGGCGACCGUCCUGAAACCAUCAUGUCUUCAGGCAAUGUUACCUCAUCUUCUUAGGAGUAACCUGGGGGGAGGGUAUUUCAGAGUCCUCCUCUGACACUGGGGAGCUGAGACGCCUUCUGCUCAUGACAGCAGUGUUGGGCUAAGCGAGUGAGUAGCCUUAGUUCUCAUGGGGCACACGGUGCACUUGCAAGGCUGGAGUUCAAGAAAUGGGACAGACUGUUCUGGCUUGUUUUGUCUUUGCACUGAGGCAGCUCAGGAUUGUCAGGCGCAUUCAUAUCCUGAAAUCUCCUUAGUAACUCUGAAAGACUGAUGCCUUGGUGAAAUGAUGCCUGGUGUGUGUGAGAGAAAGAGAGAGGGGGAGGAGGGAGAAUGAAUCUUUUUUCUUUUUUCUUUUUUUUUUUUUCCCAUGUGAGAAGAAUGUGAAGUUAUUUCUCCUUUACUUGCAGUGCACCACUGACACAAAGAUCCUUCUGUAGUGAAUUUAGUGGUUGCUCUGGUAUAGUUGGUCUGAACUGUCAGUUUAGCACAUAACAAGGAAAGAGAUAACACAAAUACAACUUAGACAAUGUACAACCAUAAUUUGGCAUCACUUUUCAGAGUUUUUA